GAAAUUGAUCAGUUGUCAAAAGGGUUGCCAGGAGAAAUGCAACCAGUAAUCCAGCGAUUAAAGUUUUUCAUCAAUCGAACCUGUCUUGCGAAGCAAGAGGUACACAUGAUAAUGGAGGCCAUAGAUAAAAUGGUAAGCUUUCAGAUUUCAGUCAUGCGCAUGAUACAUUCCAGUUUGAAGGAAAGUAGUUUUUAUAUAAUAUAUGAUACAUACAUACAUUAACAACUAAUCAAGCUUUCCACUUUUUAUUUUCCACUUAUAGAUCAAUGAAAGCAUGGGAUCACUUGCAUCUUGUUCGGAGAGAGAUCUUAAACCAAUCAAAAUGAAAAAGCUUGAAUUGGAUGCAGCCCUGAAGACAUGGGGAAAUCUCAUAAACCAG